CUAAUAUUGAUCCUUUGCUAGCGGCCGACUUCUGUCAUGUUCCGGGGGCUUUACCAUGGCAUAUAUAAAGAGAUCACUCGAUAGACGUCUCAGAUUCAUCUCUCAAAGAACAUACAGACACUGACUUUUCUAAAUCCUAUUUCAAUUUUACUCUUAAGUCAUUCUGCUGUCGUCCAGGCCCACUACGAGAAUGUCCAAAGUUCUGGGAUCGUUUGUCCAGAAAGCACAGGGUAUCAAGAAUGCCCCCUCCAAGUUCACUGCUACCGCUGCGGAAGGUAGUCGCCUUAUCCCUUCCAAGACUAAGGACGCCGAGUUCCAGAUGCGCAUCGAUGCGGGACAUUACGAUCCAAACACAAAACAUCUCAAUGUCGUCCUGCAGGUCAACUCACAAGCUAAAAGUCCAGCCCUCAAGGACUGGAUCAAAAAGGACACAACACAUGGAAAACUUGCUACCGCGACAUUUGAUACUGCGGCCUCCGACAAACAGGCUGAAUACAACAAGAUGCUUCUCGAACUCCAAGAAAAGGCAAAAAGCAAACUCGGAUGACCUUCCAGUAAGCGACCCCCAACCAGGCACACUACUGCAAGGUUACUUAACUAACAUGGAUAAGCG